UCCUUCUUGCUUUCUUAGUACUGUUGCCACUUCUGUGGUCGAACACAUACACCAAUAUGACCCUCAAAAUCAAUACAGCUCUUGCUUUUCUCCACUUGUUCCUUGUGUUGUUCAUAGGUUCGGUCGAUGCGAGCCUUGCUCUCGGGGAUGAUAUCCCUUGCUUGAAAGCUAUUAAAGCUUCCUUUGAAGACCCUUUUGGUCACUUAAGCUACUCAUGGAAGUUUAACAACCAAACGGAAGGUUCCAUCUGUAGAUUUAAAGGGGUAGAGUGCUGGCACCCUGAUGAGAACAAGGUCCUUAAUAUCAACCUCUCCGGUAUGGGGCUCAAGGGCACUUUCCCCAGGGGAAUUAGAUACUGCACAAGCUUAAUGGGUCUGAACCUUUCCAAUAACGCACUCGCAGGCACCAUCCCGUCUGACAUAUCAAUGUUGCUCCCCUUCGUGACAAGUCUCGAUCUUUCCUCCAAUAGCUGUUCGGGUGAAAUCCCAAAAAACCUUGCAAAUUGUACUUAUCUAAAUGUCCUAAGGCUUGAUCACAACCGACUCACCGGUAAUUUGCCUGAGGAACUCGGUCUACUUACGAGGCUCAGAGAGUUUAGCGUGUCGAACAAUCUGUUGUCAGGGCGAGUUCCUGAUUUCCCGGCCGGACAGAUCACGAAUGAUAACUGCUACGCAAACAAUCCGCAACUCUGCGGGGGGCCUUUGGAGCCUUGCUCAGCUCAUGAGAUAAAAUUGGAUUCAUUCAAAAUAGGAUUUAUAAGUGGUUACGUGGUAUCAGCUGCAGUUUUGUUCAUAUACUUUUCUUUCUCUUGGUUGCAACUGAAGAUUAUGGUACUUCACAGGCUGCAAAACUGGGUCAGAACAAAAGAAGAAGCUGAUGAGCUAUUUCACUAUCCAACGUUGAAUCACAAGAUCGAGAUUCCCGGACUGGAAAUAUUAGUUAAUAGGAUAAGCUUGGCGGAACUCUGCAAGACAACAGACAAUUUCAGCACGGACAACAUCAUAGGAAUGGGAAAGACAGGGCCAAUGUACAAGGCCACUCUUCAAAAUAGCUUGUUUCUUGCGGUUAAGAGGUUCAACAACUCCUUACAAUUCGAGAGCCGGUUUUUAUCUGAGCUUUUGGCUUUGUCUAGACUGAAACACGACAACAUAGUCCCCUUAUUGGGUUUCUGCACACAGAGGAACCAAAUGCUCUUGGUGUAUAAGCACAUGUCAAAUGGGAACCUCCAUGAUUUGUUACAUGGUGAGCCUAAAAUCCUGGAAUGGCCUCUGAGGCUCAAAAUCGCCAUUGGAAUUGCCAGAGCCUUAUCAUGGCUCCAUCAUGGUUGCAAUUUUCGUCUAGUCCAUGGUGCGAUAAGCUCCAAAUCUAUCCUCCUAGACCAUCACUUCGAGCCUAAGAUAUCGAAUUUUGGCCAAACAAUCAUUUCGAAUCACGGAGGGGUAAUGUUUAAGUAUGAGAAUGAAGACGAUUCCGGUUUCCUUGUGAAUAGUGGGGUGUGGGAGUCAGAUUUUGUUAAAGAUGAUGUUUUUAAGUUUGGAAUUGUGCUUCUUGAGCUGCUCACACGGAGGGAAGCCAUCAAUGCCGGCUCUUCCACUAGUAGUUCUUACAAUAACUUAGUGGAAUGGAUUAAUCAUGUUUCAAAGGGCCCUAAUUUUGUUCUUGGCGAUGCCAUUGAUAAAUCUUUAUGUGGACAAGGAUUUGAUGAUGAGAUCAUGGAGGUCCUAAGAGUAGCAACUGAGUGUGUGCAGCCAUUUCCAAAUCAAAGGCCAACAAUGCUUCAAGUUCACGAAAGAAUUAGCAGUCUUGGAGAGAGAUAUGGCAUGAUCACAUCAGCAUAUGAUUCCGGAUACUCCAUCAACCAAGAUACAACUAGCACUGGAGACGAAAUACUUCCGGUUGAUCAGAACCAUUGAAGCACAACAUAAUGUUCAUGCAUAUAAAACAUUAUAUGUACAAUAAUAUUGCUAUAAGUACUAAAAUGUGGUUCUCUCUCUUUAUCCUAGCUGUUGAAUAUACAAUUAGCACGCAUAAGUGUUGAAAUUGUGACAAUGCAGUAUCAGUUUGUUGGUGCAGCCAAUUGCAUAACUAAGUGUAGAAGAUCAGAAUCAUGUUCUUCCCUUAUGUUGUGAACCCACCUUGCUCUGAUCCGGAUCUUCUCAAUGCUUUUCUUUAAAGUCAUAGCAAUUGAAGGAUAUGUGCGGUUUGCGAAAAAUGCUUCCACCUCUUCAGCCUUUCCAUCGCUGCAAAGCUGCAUACCAGAAUAACACUUGCAUAAUAUCAGAAAGUGGAAAACUUUUGUAAAAAAUUGUACAUUUCGUAUAAUUUUGGGAAUUUUAGAAAGAAAAUAAAAAACAUAUCUUUUACCACCGCA